ACGCUCCAGUUAUUUGUUAGAAUAAUCAUUUCGCAUUCUGAUUUUGCCAAGAAUGGAUCAACUUCGCUACGACGGUCGUGUUGCCGUAGUCACCGGCGCCGGUGGCGGUCUCGGAAAGGCUUACGCACUCUUAUUGGGAUCAAGAGGUGCCAAAGUGGUAGUGAACGACCUUGGAGGCGGCAAAGAUGGCGGUGGUACCUCUACCUUCGCCGAUGCUGUCGUUAAAGAAAUUAAGGAUAAUGGUGGUAUUGCGGUUGCUGAUUACAACAACGUGAUUGAAGGAGACAAGAUUAUAAAGACAGCCUUAGAUAAUUUCGGCCGCGUUGAUAUUCUCAUCAAUAAUGCCGGUAUACUUCGCGACAGGUCUUUCCAGAAGAUGUCUGAUCAGGACUGGGACCUGAUUCAAGCAGUCCACUUAAAAGGCUCCUUCAAGCCAACACAGGCAGCAUGGGAGACAUUCAAGAAACAAAAUUUCGGCCGCAUUGUAAUGACUUCCAGCAAUGCUGGUCUGGUUGGCAAUUUUGGCCAGGCUAACUACAGCACGGCAAAAAUGGGUCUAGUCGGAUUUAUGAACACAUUAGCGUUGGAAGGUGCAAAAUACAACAUUAAGAUUAACACAAUUGUGCCGACAGCGGCAUCUCGUCUCACUGAGGGCAUCCUACCCCCAGAUAUGUUCGACGCCAUGAAACCAGAACUUAUUGCGCCUGUUGUUGCUUAUAUGGUGCACGAGUCAUUCGAGGAUACCGCACAAGUGAUUGACUCCACCUUAGGAUUUGCACAUAAAGCACAUCUAGUGAGAUCUGUUGGCAGUGUACUCAGGGACAAGCCAGCUGACCCAGUGACUAUUGAGUCUGUCAAAGCAAAAUGGCCAAAAGUAGUGGACAUGAGGAAUGCUGAACAUGUUUCCCCAAUCGCCAACGUUACCGUCAACUUAGUCGAAAGAUUACAGGAAUUUGAGGACCGCGCGAAGUUAGACGAGAAUGGCCGAGAAUCCUAUUGGUCCAAGUACGAAUAUAAUUCCAAAGACGCUGUCCUGUACGCACUCGGAGUUGGGGCCUCUGUGUCGAAUUCUAGCGACUUGAAAUUCCUAUAUGAGGCUGAUGAGAACUUCUCCGUCUUACCAACGUACUUCAUUUUGGCGGGAAUGUGCAUGGAAGCCCCCGUAGUGCCCGCUGCCAUGCCUCCCGGAAAGGUAGCGGACUUUACCAAUAUUCUUCAUGGAGAACAAUAUAUUGAGUUCGUUGAUGACUUCCCCGGCACUGAAGGUGCUUUUGAUACACGCGUUUAUGUUGCGGAUAUUUUGGAUAAGGGCGCUAAUGCAGUUGUUAUUGUGAACAGCGAGGUGUACCAGGAAACAAGGCUGUUAUUCCGCACUCAGCAGCACAUAUUCGUGGUUGGCCAAGGAGGGUUCGGUGGACAGCGUACCAGUAGCCGCGGAGUUGAUGUCCAACCCGUGCCGAAGAGAGCCCCCGACGCUGUCGUCGAACAACGCACUGCUGAGGACCAGGCCGCUUUGUAUAGGUUAUCAGGCGAUUUAAAUCCGCUACACAUCGAUAAAAAUGUAGCGUUGGUCAGUGGAUACGAGAAGCCCAUACUACACGGACUCGCGUCACUUGGUUUCUCCGCAAGACACGUUCUCCUCAAAUACGGUGGCAACGAUCCAUCUAACGUGAAAGCACUAAAAGCACGUUUCGCAAAACCCGUCAUGCCUGGACAAACUCUUUCUACCGAGAUGUGGUUGGAAGGUCGCCGUGUACACUUCCAGACCAAGGUCAAGGAAACCGGCACCACUGUCAUUUCAGGUGCUUACGUGGAUUUGAAAAAUGUUGUCACGGGCAAUGUUACCAGCUCACCCGUGUCUGCGAGUGAAUUGAAGAGUGAUGGUCUGUUUGCAAGGAUGAAGGAUGAGCUCGCCAAGAACCCGGCUAAGGGCAAGAGCGUCAAUGGAGUGUUCCUGUACAACGUCACAGAUAGUGGCAAAGUUGUCAAGAAGUGGACUUUGGACUUGAAAAAGGGAGAAGCCUACGAAGGUGAACCACAGAGUGGAAAGCCUGAUACAACCUUGACACUUUCUGACGCUGAUCUGGUAGAAAUUGCAUCUGGAAGUCUAAGCCCACAGGUUGCAUUCAUGAAGGGGAAACUCAAGAUUGCAGGCAACAUGAUGCUCGCCCAGAAACUUGGACCCCUGCUUCAGUCUGAAGCCAAGUUGUAAACUCCCUAUAUAUUAAGUUGUUAUGUUUAUAAAUUUUUAACUGUGUUAAGAAUUACUUCUGUAAUGAGAUUUAAUGAUGAAUGGGUUGGUAUAUAAAUACUGCAUUUAUUUAUUUUGAGAUGAAAUAUGCACUACAAUAAUACCAGAGAAUCUGUCAAUUUUAUUUAUAUUUAUUUUAUUGAUAUAUAUUUUUUAUAUGAAUGUUGAUUCCAUUCCAAUGACAUGAUAUUUCUACAAAGGUGAGGGAAUAUAUCUUUUGUAUAUC